AUGCAACGCAAGCAGUCCGGAGAGGCAGAGGGCCCGGCCAAGGGCAAAGCGCAGGAAGGCGAGCAGCCCCCCAAGGAAGAAAGCGAGCCCAAGGGCAGCAGAAGCCCUGGCUCUGAAUCCAGGCAAAGAUCCAACUCCGGCCACGGGCGCAAACACAGCAAAAAGCAUCAGGCCGACCCCCAUGCAGCUGCCAUUAAGACCUACUCCCCUUUUCUCAACACUGUCUUUGGCAAGGUGAGUUGCUGUCUGUAGCAGGAGGGGUUGCAGAAGGGAGAAGCGGGGCUGAGAGGCGAUGCGUCCUGGACAUCAGUGGCAAACUCAUGCUCCAAGGAGAUCUUUGUGUAGCCAAAAUGGAGCCAUCCACACACAUGAAGGUGGUAUCGGCAGGCUUGGGAGAAACCCAGGGUUUGCAGAAGUAGGGGGGAAAUUAAAUAAUAUUAAGGGGACACCCCUAUAACAGUCAAAUGAGGACUGAGCAGAUUCAGUAGGCAUGGGAUGCUGGCUAAUGGUUGAGAGGGCGUGAAAUCAAAUAGGGAGGUGGGCACGAACGUGCCUGGAAGUGUGACCCCUGCAUUUCGUUGCUGGUCCCACAUGGGGAAUGCAGAAAAGGGAACUAGGAAAGCGGAGCAGUAAGGGCUGAGUGGGCUCAGGAAGGACAAUGCGGAAAGUGGUCUAGGAAAAAUGGCAACGAAGUACAAGCAGCGUAUUGUGCAGAGUUGCUGGGUGGGGGCAGGUGGCCCAUUCAGUGUUGGCUCAAAGCUGAGGUGGUGUCAACAUGUAACAUGAACACAGGAGUGGCAACAGAAUGAUCUCCUGGGGUGGGAGUGAAAUGAAUGGGGCUUCCUCCCACCUUUGUAGUGUCAGUGAUGGGCACAGUGGCCAGCUACUUAUACUGGCACAAUAGUUACCUUUGCCACCUCUCCCAUUACGCUUCCACUGUGUUGUCCCAUUGUUAAUUGUGUUUCUUUAGGAUGUCAUGUAUUCAGCCGUUGAACUGUUUGCCAUCUUGUUUACCUGUUGAGAAAAGUUUUGAAAAGAAUUACAAAACUGAUGCAGGGAAAGUGGGCAGGCUGGUUUUGUGACCUCGCAAGCACUAGCCAAUCUUUGCUGUGCGCUGCUGGCUUUCCACUGCAAACUUGCAGAGCCAGGUUCCCCCUCAGAUUUUGACCCUGGAAAGACAAUGGUUUGCUUGAGCAGAGCAUCAUGGGGAGUGCACUUUGUGAGCAGCCCUGCUACCCAGUGCCGGAUUAACGUAUAAGCUAAACAAGCUAUAGCUUAGGACCCACUUUCUUGGGGGCCCCAAAAAAAUUAAAGGAAAGAAACAACUGGAUGUACAUUUCCAAAAUAUAAAAUAAAAAACAAAUAAAAUAAAACCUACAUACAGCAACAGUGGUUUGUGUUGUGUAGGCUCCUAUGAUGUAAGUAAUGGGCCCCGCCUGCUAUAUAAAGGGCCCCAUUACCUUCAGUAGCUAAACCUAAAUCCAGCCCUGCUGCUACCCAAGUUACAUGACUUUUCUCCACAGCCUAGCAUCGCAUUAAUGGAAGUUAGUUGUUCAUCAGAGUGUUUAAGUGUGAUAUCUUCACUGAAGAAGAGGGUAUAUUACUGGCAGUAAGGCAUGGAUGGAAUGCCUGGAGAGCAGGGAUGGCAAUUUAUUAGGAUGGCAGCUUGCAUGCUGAAUUUUCCAAAGCAGUAUAUUCCUACUGGGAAACUGAGAUGUGCUUUUUCUGUACACAUUAUAUAGAUAUUUUGAGCUACUGGCAGAACUCCUGCUUUGCCUACAGAAGGUGCCAAGCUCAGAAUAUCUAGUUAAAAAGAUUGUGGGAUGGGAAAGCCUGAGAUGCUGCCAGUCAACGUGGACAAUACUGGGGUAGAUGGGCAAAUGUAGCCUAAUCUGCCAGCAGUACAACUCUGUAAUACUGCUGCAUCUGUAUGCCCUAUUCCAGCCUUUUCCAAGCUGGCGCCCUCCAGAUGUUUCACUUCCAGCAUUAAAAGCCCUAAACAACUUGGGAUCAGGAUAUCUAAGGGACUACCUUGCCCACUAUAUUCCUGCCUGGCGACUGAGCUGCUCAGACAGGACACUGCUGAGAGGAUUGUGUGCUCCAGAGAUGUGCUUAGUCCAUGCUAGAAACUGGGUUUUGAGUGCUGCAGCUCCAGCUCUUGGGAAUUAAUUACCAGCUGAAAUCAGACAAGCACCUGGCAUUAUGAAGGUUAAGGCACCUACUGAAGAUAUUUCUGUUUACCUUUCCCAGAGGUGUAACCCAGUAAUUUAUAUUAGAUGAAAUGUUUUCACUGUUUUUACAGUUUGUAUGGAUGGUGUUAUUGUUUUAGAGUUUGCUGAAUUUAUUUUAUUGUUCUUAGAGUUUGUGUUCCUGUGUUCUAUUCCGGUUUUACUGCUUAGAUAGCUAUAUGCCAUCUAUACAAGUGAUCUAUACAUUUGUUUAACAACAACAACAGCAACUAUCAUCAGCCCUAGCCUGCAAGGUUGUAUGAUGCUGGGGCUGAUUGGAGCACAGCUGUGCUGGCUGGGGCUAACUGCCCAAAACAUCUGGGUGGCACCAGCCUUAUUCUCUCCCAUUACCUUGCCCUGAUGUAGGGGUCAUUGAUUUGUACAGCUUUGGAUAGCUCCGUGGUGCUUAUUUCCUGACAAAGGUUUCCUUGCAGAUGCAAAAGCUAGUCUUUAGCGCAGAGGCUGAGUGGGCUUCAGGAACCAGAACAGAGCAGAUCCACUUGGACACAGCAAGCAAGAGGGGUGGUGGAAGGCCCGUGAAGAUUAUAACUAGCCCUCUGCAACAUCCUGACCCCAACUUGAUUAGUUCAUAUAAAUAGCUGGAGACUGAGGAUGCCCUGCUGGGAGGGCAGGAAAUCCCAUUAGCCCUAGAGAUAGGUGGGGAGAAGGGCUGAAGGAACUGUAGCCUAGCCCUUGGGGGUUUCCCAAGGCUCUCUUCUGGUUGGGAGUGGGUUGAGGGGUCCCAUGGGGACACAGGCAGUCAGCUCCCUAAGAGCAGCAGCAGCAGCACCAGCAACAGCUUUUAGUCAACCUCCCUGUGCUAGCAGCCUUCUUCUAUUCACACAGGGAUGGCAGAGAAAGGAUCUGGUGAGUCAGUGAUCUGCUCUUGACCUCCAAUCCAUUUAAUCCAACCUUCAGCAGGUUAAUUUGGGAAGCGAUUUCUCAGUGGGGUGGAGGUGGGGAGGGUUGUUCUGAGCCUCAGUUUAUUAUGCAAUCUUCCCUCCGUGCUAAUGAGCUGCCUUACAAAGGACGGGGUGGAGGUGGGGACUUCUCAGAGGACACUGACAGGGAAAUAUUUGCUUAGCAGUAAAGAUAAGCAGGUCCUGUAACAAAAUGCUGCAGUGUACACUGGGCGUUUCACAGCAAAUGCAUUUCUGCAUAAAGUUCUUGACACAGUGAUAAUGCAUCAGAGGUGGGUUUAUUCUGCUUAUAGUUGCUCCUUGAUGCUUUCCCAGUGCUACCACGUUGUGGUCAUCUAGAGGGGCUAUAGCACGAUAAAAGCAGGACAAAAAUAAACCAGAACAUUUGUGAUAUCAACAAUUAUAGAGGGGUCCUAAAGCGUAUGUUCCUGUUCAAGGUUCCAGCCAGUCAGUCGUGCAGAAUACUCAUAUUGCAUUUCCCCAUUUUUCUAGUUUUCCUUCCCAAGCUGACAUUCAGAAUUCUGCACUGAGCAUAAUCAGUUCUCACUGGACUGUUUUGGGGGUUCCUUGCCCUUUAAGGCUCCCCCCAUACUCCUGUAUGCGUUGGAGUUUCCCCCAACCAAACAUGCUGCUACCUCCCUCUUGUUCUUUCAGUCGCUAUGUUUUGGCUUCAUUCCUGUUGGCGCUCACCAUCGGAGUUUAUUAUUUGAGGAAUAAAUAUGCUAAGAAUAUAUAUUGACUGACAUAGACUGAAUAUAUAUUGACUGACGUAGGCUGGUUGGCUCAGUGAGAGCUAUCAGCAACCCUGCUGAUACAAUAGGGACCCAUCAUAUUUAGAUACAGCCAGUGCUUUGUUUCUGGGGGGUAUGCAUACGCCUAAACAUUUUGUGAAUCUAAGUUUGGCCUCAUUGAGGGGCAGUAUUUCAACAUGAGUAGGAAAAUGAGAGUACCCCUAAAUAUUUUUUUAUUUUAUUUUUUAGAAAAAAGCACCAGAUACAGAGAAUCUGUUUAUUUUGGACAAAAUUGUUCACUUUGUAAUGUCCAGGUAAUCAUGUAUACUAGGGUGGCAGCCUUAAUUUCCUACUGUAUGAUUUUUUUUCUGACAAAUUGUUGAAAAGACAAGGAGGUCUACAUUUCAGUUGCUACGGAUAUUCCCCCCCCCAAAAAAAACUCUGGGUAUUAAUGGUGAGCUUUGAGAACCAAAUUAUAUACAAACAUCAUUCAGUCAGUAAGAUAUAAAUCUUGAUACAGUAUGGGAGAAAGUGAAAAUGGAACAAUUUGGAGGGUAGUUCAAUAAUAAACUUACUGAAGAAGAUUGCUGUAUACAGUACGUGUAAAGCUGAGUACAGUAGUACCUCGGGUUAAGUACUUAAUUCGUUCUGGAGGUCUGUACUUAACCUGAAACUGUUCUUAACCUGAAGCACCACUUUAGCUAAUGGGGCCUCCCGCUGCUGCCACGCCGCUGGAGCACAAUUUCUGUUCUCAACCUGAAGCUAAGUUCUUAACCUGAAGCACUAUUUCUGGGUUAGCGGAGUCUGUAACCUGAAGCGUAUGUAACCUGAAGCAUAUGUAACCCGAGGUACCACUGUAAAACGCUUUUGUUUUUGUUAUUUGGAAACUUUUUUAAACCUUUGUUUGACUACAUAAAAUGUACAUUUGACUGAAUACAUGUUGCUGCUGCACUGUGAAUUACAACUAUUUCCUGCAUAGAAUAAUAGAAUUGUAGAGUUGUGAGGGAUCCUGAGAGUCAUUUAGUCCAAACCCACUGCAGGAAUCUCAACACGCAGUUGCUUACCUUUGCAACAGGACUGGAGCUUUGCAAAUGUGCUGGCAAUUUUAUUGCUGCACCACUAGGAGGACAUACCUGACAGAACUGUAAUCACAUGAAGGAUUGUUUUUGAGGAAGAGGUGAUAUUUACUGGGACAUAUCAUGUGGGACAUAUUAGGGGACGCGGGUGGCGCUGUGGGUUAAACCACAGAGCCUAGGACUUGCUGAUCAGAAGGUCGGCGGUUCGAAUCCCUGCGAUGGGGUGAGCUCCCGUUCCUCGGUCCCAUCUCCUGCCAACCUAGCAGUUCAAAAGCACGUCAAAGUGCAAGUAGAUAAAUAGGUACUGUUUCAGUGGGAAGGUAAAUGGCGUUUCCAUGUGCUACUCUGGUUCGCCAGAAGCGGCUUAGUCAUUCUGGUCACAUGACCCAGAAGCUGUACGCCGGCUCCCUCGGCCAAUAAAGCGAGAUGAGCGCCGCAACCCCAGAGUCGGUCACGACUGGACCUAAUGGUCAGGGGUGCCUUUACCUUUACCUAUUAUGUGCCCUAACUUAGCAGCAAGACCAACUGAACUUAAUUAAAUCUUACUUCUGGGUAAACACAUGUAAGACUGGGCUGCACAGAUCCAAUCUGGAAUUUAAUAACUGGAAUACAAAAAGCAAACAGAUUCCAGGACAAAUACAUUAGGUCAUGGGGAAAAAUGCUGCACUGCACAUAUUAAUAAUCAGAUGUAUUACAUAAAGUAUGGUUAAGUCAUGCAAGUAUAUUUUGAGCGUGGUUGGAAAUAGAUGGGUAUUUCCUGAACUGCUUGAAAGGGGAACUGCAUAGUGCAAGACCAGGCAGCUUUUACUUACAUAAAUCAAAACAUUGGAGAAUAUAUGAAAAGUCCUUUUUUUAAAAAAGACAGCUGACAACCUGGUCAGGAUCCUGCCAUUGAUGGUCCAGUAAGGAAAAGGGGGAACACAGCUGGAGACAUACAACCCAGAAGUUAGAUUGCAAUCCUAACCCUACAUAUGAGUAAACCCUAAUGAAUUCAGUAGGGCUUAUGCAUGAGGGGACAUGGAAAGGAUUGCCCUGCAAAUUGCUGAUACUAGUCUUUGAGUCUCGGCAGCCUAUCCAAGUAUAGGGUUGCCAUAUUUGAAAAAAAAGUGAAAAUCUGGACACAAAAGUUGUUGGCAGAGUUGUUUAGCUUUUCUUUUUUCAUCAAAGUUGUUGAGCUUUUAUUGCAGAAACUGAACACCAAAAAAUGAGUUUUUGAGCUAUUUUUUGAUGGAAAUCACCAAAAUCAUCGCUACCGACAUGGGCUGCCAUACGUCUGCCAUAUUUUUCCCUGGACAUUUCAGUGAUUUGCACCUGGAUGCUGUUUAAGAGGGCUGAAUACCCAGUAUGUCUGGAAAAUUCCAGACAUGACAACCCUAAAAUAAAUAUUUUCCGCUAAGAGGUACAUUCUCCUAAUGCAGCUCCGUUGCUAUGAAGAUAAGGUAAUUUAGAAAAAAAGGAAAGAGACAAAUGUCUUGUAGGAGUUCCCCGUUCUGAUAUUUCAUCCACCCGCUUAACUCUGCUCAUGAUGAUUCACUUCUAGACAGAGUUUGCAAGAGACUUGGGCUCUAACUCUCUACUCUCCUUGUUUUUUGUCUCCCUUUUUGCCAGGAGAGGGAGCUGUCACCAGUGGAGCUGGAUGGUGAGUUGGCAUUGUUGAGAGAAGGUGCUGGGGAAUUGGAGUCCAAACUUCAUGGGGCACAGGAGAGGGGAAAUGCAGUAUGCUGUUUUUCACUACAGCAGACACAAUAAAAGGGCAGUGCACAGAUCCCAUCACUUUACCCAAAUAUCCCUGGGAUAGUUCUUCAGCAUCCUAGUUUGGAAGUGAUGCCAAAUGCAUAUUUUUAAUCAGAGCAAAAGAGAGAGAAAUUUCCCACAUUUCAUUCAAAAUGCUGGGGAGGAAAAAUCACAUGUACAACAUGAACAUAUGAAAAUAAAAUUGCUAUGAAUUAUUUGGCACACCAACACUACAAACCAUGAGCUAACCCAAAUUGUCCUACAAACGAUUAAAGAAACCGCAACUUGUUUCUCCAAAGUUUGCUUUGGUUUCUAGCUGCUCUUGCCUCAUGACUUUGUAACUUAAUGAACAUCUCUGGGGUGGGGAAUCGUGGCUAAGGAAGGGUGUUGGGUUAGCACGUAACAUCAAGCCAUUGUUAAAACACAAACCAAGAAUCAUAAGCCAACAACAAACCAUGGCUUCAUAUUGUGCUUUGUUGGGAGUGAACAAACCACAGUUAAGCCACUGGGCAGUGUUUGAAUGAUCAGACAAGCCAAGGAUUAUAGCAUUAUAUGCAAACUGGCCCUAUGCUGCACAAAGGCCUUUCAAAUUAAGAAGGUCAAUAAAACAGUCAUUUUUACCUUCACUCCAUCACCCAUUUGCUAUCUCAAUUCUACAAAGCAAAUGCAGCAAAAUGUUUGCUCACUAAAUCUGGUGGAACACUCUGUCACAAGAGACUAGGGCCCUGCGGGACUUGACAUCUUUCCGCAGGGCCUGUAAGACAGAGUUGUUCCACCAGACCUUUGGCCAGGGCACAGCCUGACUCCCUCCUUCGGCAAUCUUCGCGGAGCUCUGGCCCAAUGAUUGCCAUUGGUUGGAUUUGAAUUAAUUUUAUAAUGAAUGAUUUUAGAGUGUUGUGUUGUGUUGUACUGUUGUACUGUUUUAUUGUUGUUAGCCGCCCUGAGCCCGGCUUCAGCUGGGGAGGGCGGGAUAUAAAUAAAAUUUAUUAUUAUUAUUAUUAAAUGACUGUUGGUACCACAUUUUUGCUGCCCCCAAACUAGGUGUUGUAAUUCUCCUUGGGAACAACCUCUGCUCAUCACACUGCUUUGAGGUUUGUUUGUUGUUACAAUCAAGCAAAAUAUAAAUCUUAUGAAGUAAAUAAAUUGUGUAGCAAAGGAUUCUCAGUAGAUGAGAUGAGCCAAUAGGACACUCUGCUCCUCAGCAGGCAUCCCUCAACCAGAUUCCUUGAUCCUCUUUAUUCCACCUGCCAAGGAUCUGACUGUUCCCCAAUCUUUUCCAUCACCAUUACACAUGUAAUAGUUUUUUCCACUACCAUGCAUGGCUGCUAGCAUCCUUUUCCUAGCUCUUGUGAUUCUGGGGUCAGUGCAUGAGAUAGCAGUUUUGGAUUGGCACAAAAAGAUGUGGGACACUCCCACUUGGCAAUUUAAUUUAGAGUUGCCACUAAUUACGAACUAUCCAUUAGAUAGGCAAAAUAAGUUAUGUCAACAAGGGACUUACUAGAACCAUGGCAUAAUCACUGUUGUCUGGUCACAUCGUUACAUUUCAUAAUUAAAAACAUCAAGAGUUGGAAAACAGGACACCGGUGCCUAAAUGGCCAUUAUAGUCCCACACAGCAAUUUCAUUUUUUGCAGUGUUUAUCACAAACACAAAAGCUGUGCAUUAAAUUUCUUCAAAAGCAACUUGCCUUUAUUAGUGUGAGAGACAUCCAGCAACCCUUUGAAGUUUCAUAACUAGAGCAACCCCUGAGGGCAAGUUUGUUCUUUCUGUUGUCCUCUUGUCUCCUCCAUGACUGCAGGGUCUUCCUGUGUCCCCAAGGUGAGGAGAAAGGAGGUCAAGGCAGGUAUCAUUGUCUCACUUCUAUGAAAUGUCUUUGGGACUUUUCCUUGCAGAACUGCUAGAUGCCUUCAAGGAGUUUGACACUGAUCAGGACGGCUACAUCAGUUACAAGGACCUGGGAGAGUGCAUGCGAACUAUGGGCUACAUGCCCACUGAGAUGGAGCUGAUUGAGAUCUCCCAACACAUCAAAAUGCGCAGUGAGUUGCAGGGUGCAGGUGGGGAUAUGUACCCAAAAUCUGCUUCAGGAAGUGCUGCCUUGUUCCUUACAGCCCGAAGGUUUCUGGCUGAAUGCCCUCACCCCAGAAUUGCAGUUUCAGUGGUUCCUAUUACCAGGGGUACACUUUCUGAUAUUCAGAAUUGUCUUUAGGGACAAUUAAAAUAAAAGAAGCAGCAGCAGACAUUUUACAGGCUUCAGCUCCUCCCCCAGAGUCUCUAGAAGUUCUGACUGGCCAAUGGAGAAUGGAUACAUCUUCUCCAUUACACAUGAUAUAAAGGUGCAUAGGUGAGCACCAAGGAUGCAGGAGAAUUUUCAUUCAGUUUUCAUUUAAAGGCGAAUCUACCACAUUUGCACUGACCGAAACCAAAACGCAGCUGCUCUUUGGAACUCGCACUGCAGUUUUCCAGCCAAAUAAUGUUUACAAAAAUGCACAUACUAUGGGAAAGCGUUCAUAAAAAUGAAUGUAUUUGGGAAAAUAGCAUGCCAAAUUUAUUAUAGCAGGGGAAAUUGCUUCCAAAAAAUGUGUACGUCAGUCAAAAUUGCAUGCAGAAAUGUGUUUCUUAAGAGACGUUCAUUCAUAUAUAUAUAUGUGUGUGUGUGUGUGUGCUGCAAAAAUGUGGAAACAGAAUUUAAGAAUGGAAAAAUGAGAAAUGAAGAUAACUGAAUUCUCUCCAUCCCUAGUGAACAUAUAUUGUGGACCCAUACUUGCCUUAUAAAAUAUUAGCAUAUUUAGCUGUUCAAAAUGAAUCUUACCAGCUGCAGUCUGUGAUAUGUCAAAUGGUACACAAAGCUGACAGGCAGUGUACCAGCAGCUAAAAUUCUAACGAAUGUUCUGCAAUAUAUAUUUACCAUAACUAAAUAAACAAGCAGCCUCCUUGCUUUUGAACAAUAUGAUCAGACUCAGGCUGUAGAUAAGUUGGUUCAUUGUUGCUUGCGUUAAAUGCAAAACACCAGUGCUCUGCUCCCCUUUCCUCACCACUAUAACAUUUUACUCCUGAGAAAGUAACUCAUUCUCUCUAUUUCCAGCGUUCAGCUGUGAGUGCUGCUGCUUACGUACCCAAAACAGAACUGUCCGUGUACAAAAGGGAGGUGGUAUCAGCAGAUCUGGUAGAACCUCAAGGCUUGUGGAAGUACAAAAAAUGUGGGGUGGCGGCGAGGGAAUACCAAUGAGGACUGAACAUGCUCAGUAGCCACAUAAUGAAGUAUGACUGUUGGGUGAGGGGGGAGCAGUAAAUCAGCUGGGAAUGGGAUAGAGCAGGGAGGUCCAACUUUUCAUACCAAUUGGGUAGCAAGAGUACUUCCACAUGGAACCUGCAGGCCAUUCACUGCCUUGUCAUGCAGGAGAGGGGAGCAAGGCCAAAAUUUGAUGCCCCUUCCCAGCCCUCAUGCUCCCUUCCCAAAGCUGAUAAAUUAAAUGAGGCUCUGGCAGAGUACUAGAGUCCUCCCACCUCCUUCCCAAAGCUGGGAAAGGGCUAACUUGGCCUUGGGAAGGAGGUAGGAUGAUGUUAGGACCUUGUCAGAACUCUCACACCUCUUUUCCAAAGCCCAGCACCAAUCUUGCCUGGCUUUGGGAAGGUAGCACAGAGGGCUGUGGUGGGGCUGGGUGUGUGUUGUCAAAUGAUGCUGAGGGCCACCAAAAAGGAGCUUGAUGCCUCAGGCCACGUGUUGGACAGCCCUGGGAUAGAGAAUUAUGCAAAAGAAAGGCAUGGCAGACAGACUAGAACAAUGAACAGGAACUCUCCAUGCUGCAACAUUAUGCUGCAGGUUCCAUUUGUGUUACUGAGUGUGCUGCAGUCAUUCCGUAAAAAGUGCCGCUAGCUUCUCUGCCCAGUCCUUGGGAAGCUGACUUUUACUCUCCUUCUCUUUCCUCAUAGUGGGAGGUCGUGUAGACUUUGAGGACUUCGUAGAGAUGAUGGGCCCAAAGUUGCGUGAGGAGACUGCUCACAUGGUGGGCGUGAGGGAGCUGAAAAUUGCCUUCCGUGAGGUAUGAUGGGAAGCCAAUCAGCGGGAGGGAAGCAGGGAAUUGUGAUAUUCCUCAAACCAUAUUCCAUGUAAUGCUUUAGAUACAACUGCACAUUAUAUUUCCAUAAGCCCUGACAUUGUAAGGGAUUCAUCCCUGAUGAAUUGUAAGACACACAGAAGUAUGUAGGUUCAGGCUAGAAAUGUGGGUGGCAACUAGCCAGGGAAUCAUCUUGGCCCUCCAGAUGUUGUAGAACUACAUUUCCCAAUAUCCUUGGCCAUUGGCUGUGCUUUCUGUGGCUGAUGAGAGUUGUAGUUCAGCAGCACCUGGAGGGCCAAAGGCUCCUCACAUCUGGUAUAAGACAUUCAUAGCUACCCUGUCCUUUCACUACUGGAAUCAAGUUAUAUUGUUUAUCAAUUAUUAUGGGUCAAAAAAGUAACUGAUUCUCAGCAAUCCACAAAACAAGGUAACUUACUAGCACUAGAUAAGGCUUCCUCACCCUCGGCUCUCCAGAUGUUUUGAGACUACAAUUCCCAUCAUCCCUGACCAAUGGUCCUGCUAACUAGGGAUCAUGGAAGCUGUAGGCCAAAAACAUAAUAUAUUUUUCAUUGUUGUUUUUAAACUGCAAGCUUUUUGAAGACCCCGCAGGGCUAGCAAUAUGGCAUAUACAUUUCAGAAAUAAAUAUGAAAGUUCUUCCAGCCUUUUCAGGGUCUUGGAUAGUGCUCUGUGUGCGCAGAAUAGCUCUGUGUUUGCCACAUUAGUUUGUAAAACGUAUCAACCAUAAUCUUGGCUUAUUUUGGUUGCGGUGCUUGGUAGUCCUACUGGCUCCACAGAAUUAGAGAUGACAGUUGGAAGAACAGUUGGCUGCCCAUGAUGGAUCUUACUAUAGCCAAAUAAAGGGAAUUAAUUAGAUGAAGUAUUAAUACAUUGCCCUCUGGUGGCUGUCUGUGUGAAUAACAACAUUUCUUGGCAGGUGGAACAUUUCAGCCUAUGCAGGAGAACGUGUUUCUGUGUUGUGCAAGCUCCUAGGGGGCAAGUAGUACGCCUUAGAUAUGGCUAACAUGUGUUCAAAAGCAUAUCUCCUGUCUUAGUGCUGGUGUCUGUGAUGUCUCUUCUUUGAGCUGCUAUGUGCACAUAAGAUGAACCGAAACAAGAGGUGCCUGAUAGGUUUCUCUUGAUGCUAUGGAACAAGAAGCGGCUUCUAAAAAAAGCCAAAACAACCUUACCCUGGUACAGCUGCAAACAGCCAUGUUACCCGACAAAUGUAAAUGAUAUAUGAGCUUGCUUCUCACACCCACAUACCCACAGUGAUGAGAGACAGCUGCUUCUCUCUGGGGCAAUUGCACACUAUGUAUGUAUGAAGGAGUGGAGCCAAUGGCCUUUGGCACUACAUGAGGAGGUAAAAUACUAGAUGAAUGAGAAAGACACCUGCAACUGUCUCUCACUAGAUGGAUACUUCAUUUGUUCAUUCAUUCAUUCAUUCAUUUACACAACACCCCACACACUCCUGAAGGGCAUGAUAUCACAGGGAAACAACUCCUUUGCUGCUGCAGGUGGUUGUGUGAAGGGGACCAAAGCUACUAGUAAAUGCUUUCCAGCUUAGGAUAAAGGAGCCGAAGUGGAGUGGGGUGGCCAGGAUUGGGGAUCAUGGGGGUAAGCAUGAAAAGAGGAGGAUCUUGGGGGAUUUGAGGGUAAAGGAAACCGAAGUGUCUGAGCUGGAGGUAACAUUGUGCAUGUGCCCUUCUUUCUGAAGUUUGACACAGAUGGGGAUGGAGCGAUCAGUGGGGCAGAGCUGCGCCAGGCCGUGACUGUACUCCUGGGGGAGCAACUCAAUGGCCAGGAAGUGGAUGAGAUCCUGCAGGACAUGGACCUCAAUGGGGAUGGAAGAGUGGACUUUGAUGGUGAGAGAACGGAGCACCUUCCCUAUUAACCGUCUUCUCUAAAUGCAACAGGGGUUAGGGGGGAUAGAUACAGAAUAAAUGUGAAUUGUGGCUAACAUCAUGUGUAUGACAUGGGGGAUGCAGAGGGUGCACGCAGUGGCUAUCUCGGGAACUGAUUCUCCUCUUCCCACCUGUUUCAGAGUUUGUGAUGAUGCUGUCAAGCAGGUAA